CAUGUCCACAAACAAACGGCUGUGUAGCCAUGGGUCAGACCGCGUUGGAAUACACACCACGUGGACACCCACUGAUCCAAAAGGAUGGUGAGAAUGGGUUUUAUGCACGGAAUAAUUGCCAAGAGUUGUCUGCCCAGGCCACACUAUCCACAGACCGCCCUCUUCGUUGUCAAGUACAAUUUCUGCUCGUGUUGACUGAUUACUUUGGCAUGCGUAGACUUGAUAUAGCACAGGUUAUGACAAACACAUCCCGUCCUCCCAGUCGCUCAUUCCAGAAUCAAUCUCGAUAAGGGUCGGAUGAGCUCGAGUCCAAGGCUGAAACAACAUCCCCAGCAGUCACAGGAAGAUGUCCAGUGUCUUAGAUCCUGUCAUUCACGUUCAAGUGCUGAGCCAGAGGCACAGGAUCUUACCUCAAACAGACCGACCCAAUUGUCACGAAGAUUCCCGGGGCGAGUGAGGCGCAAAAUAGGCGCAAGUCGUCCCAGUCCCAUUAUCCUUGCCACAAAACACUAUUACCUCCUCACUCUCUUCUAUUCUUUCAAGGUUUCCUUACUCUCAUUUAUAGCAAGGCUCAUCACAAGCUUCAACACCUGCCAGACUCACAACCGAUACACCGCUGAGUAUCUCAUCCAUCUUUAUCUACUGGUACCGCAUAUACAUCCGUUUUGUUCAUGCUGUGCCUCAAACUUGUGGACAUAGUAUACCCUAUCACGAGUACGACGCCUUGUUCUGGGCCGUUGCUCACGGUACCAUACCACU